CUGAGGACCGACAGCAUGGUGUUUGAAAGAGUAUUUGAAAGAAUAAAAGAUGGAAGACAAGGUUUUAGUGGGCUGCAGAGCACAGGCACGGAAAGGGCAUAAGCGCGGUCUUCAGGAGCUGAGGGUCGUCCUUCUGGGGCACGACUGGCUGGAGAAGAGCUUGACAGGAAACACCCUCCUCAGCCGACAGCUGUUUGAUACCAGCAGAGACGUGAAGAUGUGCGUCAGGAGACAGGGUGUUCUUGACAGCGGCCGUACAGUUAUUGUUGUCAACAGCCCUGAAAGGUGCAUCCACUACUCUGUCCGAGACCCCGGCCUGGUGAGCGACAACAUGGCAACCUGCAUGGCCAUGUGCCCGCCAGGACCUCACGCCUUCCUCAUGAUCAUACCCAUCAGCCCUCACCAAGGCAGAGAGUGGACAGUUGAGGGACCUCUUGAGCUGUUGAAUGACACAGUGUGGAGAAACACGAUAGCAAUAUUCACCAGAUGUGAGAGGCUUAGAGGAUCAUCUGUAGAGGGCUACGCUGCAAGACACAGCUUUCUCAAAGCAGUUUUGGAGAAAUGUGGACAUAGAUACCACCUUUUAGACACAAGCAUUUGGGGAGACGAUGAUGAUACUCAGGUUGCAGAACUUUUGGAGAAGAUUGAUGCAGUGGUUGCAGGAAACAUAAAAGCAGGAGGAGCUGGUUAUGUGACUACAAAUGAGGAAGUCUCUAGAAUAACUGGGAGGGAAAGGAAAGAGGUAGAGGAGAGGGCGACUCUGAGGCGAAUGAAUGUGCAGAUGGCCAGGAGCACACUCAGAUCUCUCAUAGGAGAGUCUCCUCCGAUCUCAAUGCUUCAAAUUCUUAUCGUGGGACCGAAGCAGGUUGGGAAGAGCUCAGCUGGAAACACCAUUCUUGGGGAGGAAGUAUUUCCUGCUGGAUAUCCAACAUCACAGUGCACUGAGAGACAGGGUGAUGUUCAUAACAAGCGAGUCACUGUGGUUGAGGCUCCUGGCUGGCAUGGCAGAUACUGCUCACAUGACACUCCACAGGAGUUACAGAGACAGAACAGAAAAAGGUGGUGGUGUUGGACAAUGACAUCAUGUCACAUGAGAAGAACGAGACUGCAAACCAAGAGGGGCAACUUAAGGCUGACUGCACUCUGUCGUGGCUGAGGGCUGGAGGCGCCGCACUGGGAGCUGCAUUUGGGGCCCUUGAUGGCUCAUCCAGGGUGGCAACAGGGUUGAGUACCCGGUCAGCUGUUGGGGCUGCAGCUGGGGCUCUGCUGGGCAGCUUACUGGUCCAAAGAGUCAAGCUCCAGCAGGAGAAAAUGUAGUCAGACACCAGUGGUGUGUACUGGCUACCUGGCAUACCAAGACAAAUCCACAUCAGUCAGCUGGUUUAAAAGAUUCAAAUUUUUACUAGCCCUGUGGCCCUCUCUGUGUGCCUGUCAUUCAUGAGAGCUUGCUACGUGUGUUCCAGGACUAAGUUCACUGGCCAAUUAAAACCAAGUUAUUUAAACUUGUGUUUACAUCAUAGGCCCUGUAGCCUAUUAGGUCACUCUUUUUGCAGCUGUAAAAUGGUGGAUGAAGGAAAAAGGUAUCCACCAAAAUAGCUGAAACAUCUCUAAUCAAAUGAUACCUGCAUUCAAUUCUCUUGCACCGGGGUCUGAUCCCAGACCAUUGCGACUCCCUGUUGGAUCAGCAACUUUCUGUUGCUGCCAUCUCUAGAGACGCUGUCCUUCCAGUAAGUAGUUUAGCAUCUGCCCAGUUAGCAUGAGCUAACACAUCAGCAGAUAACAGAAAUUUUUAAAUGUACUUUUACAAAGAUUGAUUGCUCCACAAGUGACAAACUGAUGUUUGCUCUCAUUUCCACUGACUGCAAUAGUGUACGUAAAGAAAGAAUUCAAAAUAUUGUUAAAAAUUCUGUGUUUGAAAUACGAUUCUGAAAAUUUACCACACUAGUUCUACCAUGGCAAAAUAUUUGUCUUUUUUCCCUGAACACUGGAGAUUUAUUUGCUGUGGCUGUUUACACUGAAACAUUAUGAUGCACUGUGGGUCAAAUUUUUUAUAUUUUAAAAAUCUGGCAGUCGGAGGAUACUGUGUGGCAAGAUUGAUGACAGUUGAAAAUGUGGGAGGAGACAGGUUUAAUUAGAUUUACAGUUUUUGAGAAAAACCUUCAUAAAUCCUGCAGUUCAAAGCAUCUGAGCAUUACUGCUAAAAUGGGGCUACAAUUUGGUGAAUAUUGCAAAAUUGUAAAACGUGAUUGAUUUGUCAUGACUUUUCAAGUUUCUAACUUUAGACGGUUGCAAUAGCGCCACCAUCAGGACUAUCAGCCCAUAAAAUUUAAGUAGAGGAACCUUGGCAUAGGAAGGGACCUAUGUGCAAAGUUGUGUUUAUUUAGAUGCAUGGACAGUAUGAUUUCAUGGAAAGAAGAAGAAUAAUAAUACUAAUAUUGGCAAAACAAAAGGGACCAAGGGACCUUGUGGCUUUACAAAAGUUUUGUCAACUAAAAAGAUGAACCCUUGCUAACAGAGAUAAGGCAGGCAUGUGUACACACAUGACUGCGUAGCCACUUUUGACUCCAACACUAUCAUCAUGUUUGCUGACGACACAGCUGCGGCGGGCCCGAUCACAUAUAACAAUGAAAAGGCAUACAUGACAGAGGCAGAGGACCUUACCCCCUGGUAUCAGUACAACAACCUCUUCCUUUUGGGAAGACUAAGGAGAUGAUAGGGGAGCGUAUCUAUGUUUCCAGGGUUCUAUGUUUCCCGGGUUCUAUGUUCCCCACUUAACCCUGCAAAAAAGGUUCUAUGUUCCCCGCUUACACAAAAAAGGUUCUACGUUUCCCAGGUUCUGUGUUGCCCGCCCAACCAAGCAGGAAACAUAGAAGCUUUUUUGCAGGGUUAAGUGGGGAACAUAGAACCCGGCAAACAUAGAACCCUGGAAACAUAGGGAUGACCCCGAUGAUAGUGGAGUUUGGGAGGAAGCUGCAAAGGAACUACUCUCCAAUUUCACUAGAAUUGUAUUUUAUACAAUUUCAUGUGUCAAAGAAAUUGAUAAUGACGAAAUUGUAAUAAAUGGUUUUAUUUCAAAUAAAAUAGACAUUUGCAUUCUUUUAAAUAUGCUUUCUUGAUAUUGUGGAACAUUUAGAGAAGCAUUCUUUAACAUAAAAAUGAUGCAACUUAAAAAUGAGCUGGUUGAUUUGUAUCAGAUUGGAUACUACUAUAUGACUGAUGGGGGGUAAAUCAAAUGGAAAAACAUAGUAUGUUUGAGAAAAUGUACAGACAUGC